GGUAUUUUGGAAAUAUUUGCUGUGUCUCAGGGGAUUGUAGGAAUACGAGGAGUUUUCAGCAACAAAUUUUUAGCGAUGUCAAAAAAAGGAAAACUCCAUGCAAGUGCCCAGUUCACAGCAGACUGCCAGUUUCGGGAGCGCUUCCAGGAGAACAGCUACAACACGUAUGCCUCGGCUGUGCACCGCAGCCCGCGCUCAGGGCGACAGUGGUACGUGGCCCUCAACAAGCGGGGCAAAGCCAAGCGCGGCUGCAGUCCCCGUGCUCGGCCCCAGCAUGUCUCCACGCACUUCCUACCCCGCUUCUGGCAGCCCCAGCCCCCUGAGCUCGCCUUCACCGUCACCCUCCCCGAGAAAAAGCUCCUGCCACCAAAACCGAAGGUUGCCCCAUCCCCACCUCGGAAAAACCUUGGACCCAUCAAGUACCGUCUGAAGUUCCGCUUCGGAUAG